AUGGCUACCAUCACUCAUUUGUCCCAAGACAAGCUCACCUAUGACUACAUAAUCGUGGGCGGGGGCACCGCGGGGUGUGUUGUCGCGAGCCGGCUGGCCGAAUACCUCCCAGACAAACAGAUUCUCAUCAUCGAAGGAGGACCCAGCGAUCACGGCGACCUCCGUAUCCUGGAUCUUUCCAAGAUAGUGGAGCUCUGGGGCGGCGAGUUUGACUACAACUACACCUCGGUUGAGCAACCCUUUGGAAACAGCAGUAUUCUACAUUCCCGUGCCAAAGUCCUUGGCGGCUGCUCCAGCCACAAUGGCGGCAUCUCUUUCUACCCCUUUGAGUACGACACGCAAAGAUGGGAAAGAAUGGGCGCAAAAGGGUGGACCUUUGCUCAAAUGAUUCGCCUGAUACGGAAGGCGCGCGUUACUGUCAACAAGGUGAUGCUGCAGUACCAAAGCCCAGUUGAGGUGGCCUUGAUAGAUGCCUGCGUGAAAGCCUUCAACAUCCCACGUGUGGAGAGUUUCAACGACGACAUCAUCAAGCGAGGCCACACGGGAGAAUCGGCCGGUUUUAUUGAGAUCACGUACGAUCCGGAAACUGGUUAUCGAAGUAGCGCAAGCACUGCCUACAUCCAUCCAAUCCUCGACGGGAAAGAGCCUCGAUCCAACCUCACCAUUCUCACUGACGCCUGGGUCCACCAUAUCAACGUGUACGACGACGUUGCAAGAUCAGUCGAUGUCCGAUUAAAAUCUGGUCAAGAAAUCACAGUUUGCGCACGCAAGGAGAUUGUGCUUUCUGCAGGCUCUUUCGAUACCCCCCGACUGCUGAUGCUAUCCGGCAUCGGCUCCGCGGAACAGUUGAAGUCUGUUGGUCUCACUGUCGUAAAAGACGUCCCUGGGGUGGGUGAAAACCUGAUGGACCACCCAGAGACAAUCGUCAUGUGGGAGAUGAAAGACGAACUCCCACCCCAAUGCAUCAAUCACUCCGAAGCAUCCAUGUUCCUCCGUCGCGAGCCUUACAACGCACACGGAGACGACGGCGACGUCCCAGACGCCCUCUUCCACAUGUUCAGCAUCCCUUUCGACACCAACAUCUCGCGCAUGGGCUAUCAGGCCCCAAAAAACGCCUACUGCAUGAUCCCUAACAUUCCACGGCCUCGCUCACGCGGCCGUAUAACCCUCAAAUCCGCCAACCCAGACGACAAGCCCAACAUCGACUUCUGCUACCUUAGCGACACAGACGGCUACGACCAACAGACCCUCAUUUACACGAUCCGCGCAUCCCGCAAACUCGCAGCCCGAUCCCCCUUCAAGGAACUCAUCAAGGCUGAAAUCGCCCCGGGCCCACACCUCCAGACCGAUGCCGAACUCGCAGAGUACAACCGCUUGGCACACAACACCGUGUACCACCCCUGCGGUACCGCUAAGAUGGGAGACGUCGAGAAUGAUCCCUUGGCUGUUGUCGACCCGGCUCUGCGUGUCAGGGGUAUCAAGGGUCUGAGGGUCGCUGACGCGUCGGUGUUUCCGGUCAUUACGUCCAUUAAUCCCAUGCUGACUGUUUUGGCUAUCGGGGAACGUGCUGCUGAGUUGAUCGCUGAGGACGUAAUGUCUUUUGUUGGCGUACAUAAGCUGUGA